AUGAAUAAAGAUCAGCCAGUCAUAAUUGAGGAACGAUAUCUACUAACUUCUUUACAUUAUCAAGGUCGUCAUUCAAGUUUUUAUAAUGCAGUAGACACUAAACAAGAACAAAAAUAAAUUUUAAUAUAAAUUGUAUGAUAUUGUACUUAUAAUAAUUUAGAUAACUGAUUAAUUAUGCAUUUAUAAAUUAUUUAAGCGAUUGGAAUAGUGUAUUAUAUUUUUUAAUAAGAUAGCUAUUGAUUAUAGAGACAAAUCUAUUGAUCAUCAUAAUAGGAUGUCGAGAUUCAUUCCAAUUCCCAGAAUAUAUAAUAUGGGAACUUUAGUAGUCUAAAAUAUUACUUACCAUUAUAUUGCUUGGCAAAAAAGUGGACCAUCUUUAAAAUUAUGCUUUAGAUUGAUGAAAUAUAAAUUUUCUGUGAAAACUAUUACUUUGGUAGCUCUUAAAAUGGUAAUUACAUAAUAAAAAUUAAUAUUAAGAUUAGUAAUUUAUAGUAAAUUCAUAAUUUAAACAUUUUACAUAGAAGUCUAAAAUUAUCAUGUAUUAUGACUACAAGUCAUUCUAAUUUAUUAAUAACUAAUUUUGACGAUUAUGUGGAAUUUUUAAAUAAAGAUGGUAAAAUUUCAAAUAAAGCUAAAUAAAUUCAUAUAAAAAUAACUAAGUUUAGUAGUAUUGGAUAGCAUCUACAGUAAAGUAAAUUCAAUAAUAAAUUUUAGUUCCAUCACCUAGAGAUGAUUUAGAAUCUCUUGGUUAUUUGCUACUAUAUUUGCUUACUUAAGGGAAAUUACCAAAUAAAUGUUAAUCAAAGGAUUAAAAUACUAGAGAAAAAUAUUAUAUGGAAUUUAAAAGAUCAUUCCUACCAGAAAAAGAAUUAAAAUUAUUUCCAGAACCCUUUUUACAAUAUUUUUACAAUGUUUUCAAAUUAGGUAUAAAGGAAAUUCCUAAUUAUGAAAUAUUAAAAUAACCCUUUAUUCAAUAUUUAGGAAAAUAAGAAUAAGAUUACAAUUUUGAUUGGUCAGAAGUCUUUAAACCUCUGAUUGAUUAAACAGCAACAUCAGAGAUUUCUUUAAGAGAAAAAGCUAUUUCCAUAGAAUCCUUAGUGAUUAGUAAUCAUAAGAAGGAGCUUCAGAAAGAUAAUUAAUCUGCUCCAACUAGUCCAUCUAGUUAAUAAAAUUAAAAAAAAAAUACAAAAUCUACUAGAUUCACUCUUGCACCUAUUUUGGAAAAAAAUGAAUCUAUAAUGACAACCUUCAAUAAUUGUGAUUCUAAUGCAGCAUCACCUAAAUUUAAUAAUAAUAUGGCAAAUUUAAAAUUUGAUAAUUGUCAAUAAGAUUCUUCUUCAGGGGAAAUUAGCUCUACGGAUGAACCUAUUGUAGAUUAAUUGCCUACUUUUGAAUAACACCAUCAUGAUACUAUGUGA